GUGCGAGCGCAAACUGUACGCGCGCCAGUGCGGCCAACAUCCAACCCUCUCACUGAGCCUUGUGUACUUCGGAAUGCAGCAACACAGAAGUCGGACUCGAUCUAUAUCUCUGCAUCAGUGGAUUCAUUUCUGAUUUCGCCUCUCCGUUUUUGAUCGUGUACUCCUGCGGAACUCUGAGCUUUGUUGGAGGGCGUGUGAGCGUCCUUGCCCUCCGGUUCUUCUGCGGCCCCAGGUUGGAUAAUAGUUUGUUUUACUCGCUGUGCCCAAAUGACUGAACGUGGUUUCCUCCGGAGACGGGGCUCUCCAGUCGGCCUCUUCAGGACAACCUCUGGCUGAAGUUUGAAUGUGAGGGAGCCGAGUGUGACUAACCGUGCCCUGGAUUUGCACUUAUCUAACGGUAGCAACACUGAGCGGAUAUACUGGCUCCGAGAACAGGAAUCAUUCCUCUGGAAUUAUACAGCAACUGGAUUAAUUCAUAAAACAUGAGUAUCCCUCUCGUUGAUGGGAGUCGACUCCUGUUCCUGGUGGUGUGGUUAAACCUGGUGCCUCAGGCACAUGGCUGCCCUGCCAGAUGCGUUUGCUACAUGGAGCCGAAGCCCACGGUGGCCUGCCAGCAGCAAGGACUGUCAUCCAUCCCCACCGAGAUUCCCAUCCAGAGCCAGCGGAUAUUCCUUCAGAGCAACAAACUGACGGUGGUCAGGUCCACCAGCUUCAGCUCCUGCCACAACCUCACCGUUCUCUGGCUGUACUCCAACAACAUCAGCCACAUCGAGGCCGGGGCCUUCUACGGGAUGGAGAGACUAGAGGAGCUGGAUAUCGGGGACAAUAACAACCUGCGUAUCAUUAGUCCCAUGGCUUUCCGGGGCCUGAACAAGCUGCACACGCUGCACCUGCAUCGGUGCGGCCUUUCAGAGCUCUCUGUCGGGGUGUUCCGGGGCCUUUUCUCCCUCCAGUACCUUUACCUGCAGGACAACAAUCUGCUGGCGCUGCACAACGACACUUUCAUGGACCUGGCCAACCUCACGUAUCUCUUCCUGCACAACAACAAGAUCAAGACGGUGUCGGAGCACAUGCUGAGAGGCCUGGUCAGCCUGGACCGGCUGUUACUCCACCAGAACCGGGUCGUCCACGUUCAGCCGAGGGCUUUCAGCGACCUGGGCAAGCUGACCACUCUGUUUCUGUUCUACAACAACCUGACCGUGUUGACGGGGGCGACCAUGGACCCGCUGGUGUCGCUGCAGUACCUGCGCCUCAACGGGAACCAGUGGGUCUGCGACUGCCGGGCCAAGACCCUGUGGGACUGGUUCAAGCGCUUCAAGGGUUCGAGCUCCGAGCUGGAGUGCAACGUUCCCGCCGUCCUGGCAGGGAAGGACCUGAAACGCCUGAAGAGCAGCGAUCUGGAGGGCUGCGUGGAAACACCUCAGAUCCACACCCACGUGUUCAGCUCCAAGACGGACAACCCCCUGGGAGAGUCCCUUCCCAGGUGUUGUCUUCCCGACAACGAGAAGUCCUCCAUCGUCUCCGGCAAAGCUAUUCCCGACCCGUCGUCCUACAACAGCCGCCAGAUCACAAAUAACCCCCUGAAGGAGAAGGAGAACAUAUCCAAGACCAAAUUCCGGGAGGCCGAGAGGACGAAAAACGAGACCCGGAACAAGCAGAGUCUGAACGACGGGCCGCUGGGGACUUUGUCCAACGACCUGGAUCAGCUGAACCCCGACCUGCUGAACAACCUGGAACCUUCUACAGCCCCAUCCAAGAAGAAGAAGAAGUGCAUGAAAAAGCCCAAAUCGGACGCUCACUGUCUGAGAGGGGGUGGGUCGACGUUGCAGGUGCUAGGCUGGUUCGUUCUGCCCUUGCUCUGGAUGUGGCUGCCGAUGUCUUAGGACCGGAGGUCCUUCUCUCACAAGUCGGACUCACAGAUUGUUAAUGCCCAUGACAAUGACCCAGGAUUCGCCGUGACCUCCGCAACAGUCGAGGGGACUGAGAAAGAGGAAGUCGCGUUGACCCGUCAGGGGUAGACUAACAAUAAUAGGAGAAGUUAGACUACAUUUAACAAAAUGGAUGCCUUUACAGAACACUUCAGCUCUAAUGUAUAUAAUGAAUUGGUGCCCAAAUUUCUGUGUUCCGUAUGUACUGAACUGUAUCGUGUCUAAGCUACACUUUGGAGUGUGUCAUCUUUGUUUUCCCUCUCAAAAAGCUUUUACUGCAAAGACGGUGACUGCACGGCCAGACACUGGAAAAAAUACAGGAAAUGAGAGCGCCGAACGCACACGAGGAUUGUUCAGUGGGCUGUUUGUUGAGAAAGAUCUUCAUUCCCCAUCAUUUAUUCCAAAAGUGACGCAUAUGUUGGGUACUGUUAUGUAUUUUUGUUUUUUUUGUUUAUAAGUACUUAAGUAAAGACAAACGUCUGACCUCCCUCAAUAUGAGUUUGUUUUUCCUCACAGUAUGGCUACGGGCGGUGGGGAGAAAGCUGUCCAGUUGAUCACUCGGACUGAAAAUGAAAUCAUAGAAAUGCAUUUUAUUUUACUUGUGUACAAGUAUGAAUAUAUUAUGAAUAAAAACUCUUCUUUCAUAGAGA